CUGCUCUAGGAGGAUGCUGAACCCCUGACCUCUGUCUAGACAGUGCUGAUUGGUCCUGUGCUGAUCACAUGCACUCUCCCAAGAAAAACAAAAACCUCUCUAGCAAUACACAGCAAACUGAGCAUGUGCAGAGUGUCUCCACACACUAUAUGUCUUAUCAGGAGAUAAGAAGGGGACACUGGCAACAGAUCAAACAACCCUUGUACACACUGCAGAGGAUUAUCCCCUUAGGUUCCACAGUGAUUAUAACAAGCAUGCUUUACUGCAUAUACAGACUGAUUGUACUGUUGUGGGGUUAG